AUGCACAAAACCAGGACCGGUUCUCCUAAAUUCUGGUGCUAUGGGAGCGUGCAUCGCCAUCCUAUCGACAGAGAAUCUUGCGCCACAAGUUGCAGCGGUCACUUUCCAUUUCCGCUUUUGCCGACGUAUACACGCAAAAACCGUUUCAAGCAACACAUUCACUACAAGACCAUGCGAUCCGCCGUACUUAAGACCUGCCGCCGCGCUGCCUCCACCGGCCGUGUAAACUCGACGCGCUCGCUCACCACGUACUCGGGCGGCCAGCCCUCUGAAGGCCAGGGCGGUUUCUAUGGCUCGGCCAAGACGCGCUCCGAAGCCAGCUCAAAGUUCAGUCCUGGCGCGCGCGCAGAACCGCAGGAUCUGACCAAGCUACAGCAACUCAUGAAGCAAUGGGAAGCGCAGAAGGCCUCUCUCGCGGCUGAAGAGCAAAAGAUGGCGCUUGCGCGGAUCGCCACCGAGGAAGGGACGCUCAUUCAGCGUCUUCUCAUUCGAGGUGCACCUGUGUGGGGACUCUCCACGCCGCAGCGCGAGUUUGUGGCCGAGUGCAGCAAGGCCAGCCUCUAGGCGCGUUGGGUGUUCUAGCUGUCUCCUUGGUGUCGGUGAAGGUUUGACGACGCCGCUUCGUGGCGCGUUCACUCUCUUUAUAUCAUUGGCGGUGUUGCUCUGCAUCUCGGAGGAAUAAAACGAGAUAGGAGCUAGGAAGGCAUGAGGCCGAUUAAUGUAUCAUUUCCUCUAU